UAUUUUCUUUCAUUACAUUUUAUUUUGCGUAUUUUUUUAAGAGAAUUUGGCAAAGGUAACAACUCACCAAAAGGAGGGGUACAACAAAAUUGAGUCAUCCUUAGGGAACCCUAUGGCUGAAACCAAAUGAAACAAUAUAACUAGGGCAACCUAAAAUGCAACAUCAUCAUAAGAUUAAGACCAAAGUUAGUAACCUGACACUACUAGAGAAAGCGCCGGAACGGAACCAACCAUUAACCUAAUUUAUUUCUUGAAACCCUAAGAGGCAACCUAGAGAACAAUGCAAAGCUUAAAAACCUAAACAAAGCUAGAUUGAAAAACCUAAAUAGGUUGAGCCCAUAACAGGCCCAGCCCCUAGACAAGCCCUGCAAGAUGGAGGCCCAAGCUGCCCAGCAUCCACCAUUGAUCACGACCCAGAUCAAGCCGCCUAGGCACCGUCGCUCCCACCACCGCCUGCAUCAGCCGGACUCCUUCCGUUGCUGACUCCCACCCCCUGCACACCUCACGAUUGAUCCAGACCAAAAGCACGACGAGCAGUCACCAUUGCCAGACAACGAACUAUACCUGCAUCCACGUACACGACCUUAACAGACCACGACAACCCAACCCGGCAGAUCUCCCCCAACAUGUAGACCCCAUCAUGCUCGACCUCGCCUGCACCACCAUCUCACUAGCUGCGAAUCAGAUUGGCGAUCCAGCCUUCAAUCCAAGGGGCUGCAACGCUUAUUCUUCCCCCCAACCCCCACUCUGAUAAGGACAGGAGAGGGAAUUAAAAAGACAUAAAAUUCAAAAAAGAUUUAGUGCUUCGUCACCUCACGCUCUUUCCCUUCCUCCUCCUACAAAAUUCCAUGCGGCCAGAAACCCUAACGAUCUUGUUUUACGGUGAUAAAUCGCCGAUGGAUCAGACAUCUUGAGUUUCAACUAUGAGCAUUAAGAGAUCACUGGAUUCUGGAGCAAUGGAGAUUGGUUCUGAUGUUGACAGGGAGAGUGGCAGAUAUGAGAAGUCGAAAAUGCACAAGGCAGAGGUUAAUAAUAAGGGCACAAUCAUACGAGAGAUCAAGGGUGCUUCUGCUUCUUGUUUGUGUGAUGUUUGUGCCAACUUUGCUGUGACAUUCAGUUUUAACAAUGAUGAAAUUGAAGGUUUGCGGAAGGUCAACACUCAUGAAAUGCUACACCAGAGAAAACUCCACCUGGUACUUAAUCUAGAUCACACCCUGCUGACUCGCGCGCAACUCAGUGAUCUGACCCCUGAAGAAGAAGAAUAUGUAAAGACUUUAACGAUGGAUCAUACUCUGCCUUUGCAAGAUGUUUUCAAAGUGCAAGAUCAUCCCAAAAUGAAGCCUAUGAUUUUCAAGUUGAGGCCCUUUGUGAGAGCCUUUCUGAAGGAAGCCAGUGACAUGUUUGAAAUUUAUGCAUAUACAAAUGCUUCUCGACCUCUUGUGUGGAAAAUGGUUGAGCUACUCGAUCCUAGAAAUGAGUACUUUGGUCGUAGAGUGAUAUCGCGUGAGGAUUUUGUUAGUUCCUAUGCAGGAAAGAAGUGUCUUGAUCUUGUGCUUGCCCAAGAGUCUACUGUUUUGAUCCUUGAUCAUAAACAAGAGACAUGGAUGGAGCAAAAUAAAAAAAAUAUAGUACUAAUGCAAAAGUAUCGGUUCUUUAAAGAAAGGAGUGAACAGAACAGUGAGUUCAAGUCCCAUUGUGAGUUGAAAACUGAUGAAGGGGUGUAUCUUGCAGUUAUCCUUCAGCAUCUGAAGCUAAUUCACAGCAGGUUCUUUGAUGAUCAAGUGACGUGUGACAACGUUAUCGACAGAGAUGUGCGGAAGGUGUUGGAAACUCUUCAGGGGUACGUCUUGAAGGGAUGUAAAAUUGCUUUUGAUCCUCUUCAGGCUAAUAAGCCUCGGUUGUGGAAGAUGGCAGAGCAGUUGGGAGCUCACUGUGUUGAACAACUGGACCCAUCGGUCACACACGUGGUUGCGGCCCAUGUUGGAACACCGGAAUCUCGUUGGGCAGUGGAAAGAAACAAGUUCUUGGUCCAUCCGAGUUGGAUUGAAGCAUCAAAUUGGAUGUGGGAAAAGAGUCAUGAAGACAAGUUUCCUAUUAUCCAGGACAUUAGGCAACAGAAGAUGGCAGAGCAGUUGGGAACUACUUGUGAUGAACAAAUGGAUCUAGCGGCUACAGAGGUGGUUGUGGCUCAUGUUGGAGUACCUGCUUGUUCGUUGCAACCAUGUUCCGUGGAAGAAUCAAUCAGUUUGUGCAAUGAGAGUACUGAAGACAAGUUUCCUGUUAUUGAGGAUGGCAAAUUUACCUGCAGCACAUUUGGUGGCAGCUCAUAGGGGAACACAGAAAUCUCUUUGGGAAGCGAAAAGAAAAGAAGGAUCUUCAUCCAUCUGGUGCAACAUCAAUUGAUCCCUCUGUUGCAAGAAUCAUGAAGACAGGUUUUAUGUUAGCGAGGAUGACAAAAUUAGGCAACAGAUGAAAGAAACACGAAGACAAGUAGGUAGGUAGUCUGAUGAAUAGUAGGACGGGGAAGAGGAAGUGGAAGAGGUUUUAUCAACAUUGUCUAAUUUGCAACAUCAAAAUUCUCUCUAGUGGUUGCAUAAUUUAUAGGACCUUAAGAGACUCAUUGUUCUUUCACUUCUGAGAUGAGUGCUAAUCUAAGUAUGUGAUUGACAUCAGUAACUUAAUGCAUAUGAACUUCAUUUCAUCGUGACCAA